ACUCACACAUACAUACAGAGAGAGAGAGAGGGAGAGACAGACGGACAUCACGAGAGCAGCACGCUAAAAAUACCCCUGACUUUUUUUUCUUAUGUUUUUAAAACUUUGUUGAGCUUAUUUUGACCUGAAGUAGCACACCAUAUAACUAGACGCGUGUUGCAGAGCGCUUAUAAUAAAACAACAUCCGUGCCUAAGAAGAGUUUAAAGCGCAUUUUGACGCACGAUGUCCACAAACACGCAGCAGAGCAAGAGCUGUCCCAUCCCCACGCGGGUCCUGCACCUCAAAGACUGGUCUCAGCUGCCGGACUGCUACAGUCAGACCCCCGGGGGGACACUCUUCUCCACCACACCUGGCGGAACCAGGAUCAUUUACGACAGAAAGUUCCUCCUGGACUGCAGGAACUCUCCGAUCGCCCGGACUCCACCCUGCUGUUUGCCCCAGAUUCCAGGAGUGACCAUUCCUUCACUCCACCCCGUGUCCAAAUUGCAGGAGCUCAAAGAGGAACUGGAGGAGGAGAAAGAGCUGGCAGCUGACGACAGCCAGUUUGAGAUGGACAUCUGAGUGUUUGUUGUACCUCCUGUGGAGAUUUCUCUGUUUUAUCAGUGGAGAUGCUGCUGUUUUUCUCUCACAGUCAGCGGACAUCACAGAUUCACCACAUUUACAGGGCUUUUCAUGAGCCGAACGCUGUAUUAUUAAUUUCUUUCAAAGUAUUUGUGAGACGUUUACCAGAAGAAGAAACAUGAUUCUUUAUCAGUGGCGGUGUUUAAAAACCUUUAUUGUACAUAUGGUACUUUCUACUUUCUUUCUCUUAUUUUUUUUUUAAAGAAAAUGUAGCAUUGUGUGUAAGCCGGGGAAAAAAACAAACCAAAAGGCCAAAUCUCUCAUUUCUGAGCAAUAUAUCUCAGCAAACAUAGAUUGUUGAACGGUAAAGGCUGAAUACGUGCCAAAUGAAUGUCUUUUUUUUUUUACAUAUGUUUGGUGUUUCGCCUUAAAAACAAGAAAGCACAUCAGAACAUGAAAUAUUCACCACUGUGUGCCCUCAGGGGUUUCCUGGUGUUUCGUUUGCCUGGAUUUCCUCAGGUUUUAUUAUUUUGAUUUGAAAUAAAGAAACAAACAAAUA